AUGAAAGCAGAGGCCAGAAAGCAGGAGCCAGCCAGACAACAGAAGCAGACAGCAGGAGCUAGACAGCAAAGGAGCCAGAAAGCAGAGCCAGACAGAAGGAGCAACAAAGCAGGGGCCAGACAGCAGGAGCCAGACAGCAGGAGCCAGAACGUACGAGCCAAACAGGAGCCAGAUAGCAGAGCCAGACUGCAGGUGCUAGACAGCAGGAGCCAAACAGCAGGAACUAUAAAACAGGAGCCAGACAGCAGGAGCCAGAAAACAGGAGCCAGACAACAGGAACCAGACAACAGGGGCGAGAAACCAGGAGCCAGACAGCGGGAGCUAGACAGGAGCCAGCCAGACAGCAGAACCAGACAGCAGGAGCCAGAAAGCAGCAGACAGACAGCAAAAGCCAGACAGCAGGAGCCUCAUAGCAGGAGCCAGAAAGUAGGAGCCAGAAAGAGCCAGAAAGCAGAGCCAGACAGAAGGAGCGAGAAAGUACGAGCCAAACAGGAGCCAGAUAGCAGAACCAGACUGCAAGUGCCAGACAGCAGAAGCCAAACAGCAGGAAUUACAAAACAGGAGCCAGACAGCAGGAGCCAGAAAACAGGAGCCAGACAACAGGAACCAGACAACAGGGGCGAGAAACCAGGAGCCAGACAGCGGGAGCUAGACAGGAGCCAGCCAGACAGCAGAACCAGACAGCAGGAGCCAGAAAGCAGCAGACAGACAGCAAAAGCCAGACAGCAGGAGCCUCAUAGCAGGAGCCAGAAAGUAGGAGCCAGAAAGAGCCAGAAAGCAGAGCCAGACAGAAGGAGCGAGAAAGUACGAGCCAAACAGGAGCCAGAUAGCAGAACCAGACUGCAAGUGCCAGACAGCAGAAGCCAAACAGCAGGAAUUACAAAACAGGAGCCAGACAGCAGGAGCCAGAAAACAGGAGCCAGACAACAGGAACCAGACAACAGGGGCCAGAAACCAGGAGCCAGACAGCGGGAGCUAGACAGGAGCCAGAGAGCAGGAGCCAGCCAGACAACAGAAGCAGACAGCAGGAGCUAG